UGCCGGCUUUUCUGACAGUACAGUCAUAACUAGUAGUCAUUUGUGGAACAUUCCAAAUGUUGGUUUGAAUGGCUUAGUAGUGACACACGUUAGUACCUCCAUUUAUCCAAGUACAGCGAAUAAUGAAUCCAGCUCGCCGCUGUUCAGCUCUUAUGAGCCAAACGUGUAUAUCAUCGUUGGAGGGAACCAUCGCCAGAAGAGCAUUUUCACCCGCUGCUGUUCUACCACCGGCGGGAACAAGGUGCCAAUGUCGCGGUGUUAAGGAGAGCGGUCGACAUCUGAAGACAACUGGAUUGUCCACAACGGGAAAAGUUCUCGUUUGUCCAAUGGGCAACAACACCAGCAGGUUGUUUAGUACAUUGGCCCAGACGUUGAGCAGCACACCCUUGGACCAAAGAGAAGAGAAUCUCAACCCGGAAGACCUGGUUGAGCUCGACCCGGACCUGCUGCUCAGGGAGUGUGAGGAGGCCCUCCAGAGGCGUCCAGCCAGGCCCCACAGAGAUCUGGUAUAUCCCAAGGGAACCGCACGCUGCCACCACGCUCCCAUACGAGUAAUGCAGUGGAAUAUACUUGCGCAAGCACUGGGUGAAGGGAAGGAUGGAUUUAUUCGGUGUCCUCUGGAGGCCCUCAACUGGAAGGAAAGGAAGUAUCUGAUCCUGGAAGAGAUCCUCACCUACCGCCCUGACAUUGUUUGUCUACAGGAAGUUGACCAUUACUAUGACACUUUCCAGCCAAUCAUGGCCAGCCUCGGUUACCACGGCAGCUUCCUGGCAAAGCCUUGGUCUCCUUGUUUAGAUGUAGAACAAAACAAUGGACCUGAUGGUUGCGCAUUGUUCUACCGCCUCUCGCGUUUCUCCCUCCAGACCUCAGUUCCUUUGCGGCUGUCCGCAAUGAGGUUACCCACCAACCAGGUAGCCAUUGUGCAAAUACUGAACUGCCGGCUAACAGGUCGGCGACUUUGCGUGGCCGUCACGCAUCUGAAAGCCCGAAGUGGCUGGGAGAGGCUGAGGAGCGCACAGGGCGCCGACCUACUCCAGAGCCUACGAAGCAUAACUUCCAGGAGCGGAGGCAACCAGGAUCUGGACUCACCGGGGGACGAUCCGCUGGUGGUGUGUGGGGAUUUUAACGCAGAGCCUUCAGAAGACGUUUACCGCCGUUUCAGAUCCUCCCCUCUUGGCCUGGACUCUGCUUAUAAGCUGCUGAGUUCUGACGGACAGACGGAGCCGCCUUACACGACGUGGAAGAUCCGUCCCACUGGAGAAAGCUGCAGCACACUUGAUUACAUCUGGUAUACCCACAAGGCUUUGAGCGUGGACUGCUUGUUGGAUAUUCCUACUGAAGAGCAGAUCGGUCCAGACCGCUUGCCCUCGUUUCACUACCCCUCGGACCAUUUAUCACUGCUUUGUGACAUCAGCUUCAGGGAGGGUUAAUGUACGCUGACAACCACAGAAAGGCCAAGACCUCAAACAAGAGCCGAGUAAUUGUUGAAACAUUUUUCGACCAUGAGUAUUAAACGUCAUUUAAUGGUCGCCACAACAAGUCAAUCGCAUGUUUUUACACAGGAUGCGCAUGAAAGGCAGGAUCGUGAUUGAAUAACUACAGUGGUGUGAAAAAGUGUUUGCCCCCUUGAUUUCAUGGUCAUAAACAACUUUAAAUGUUUGUCAAAGACAACAUAGCUGAAUGCAAAAUCUUUUUUUUUAAGUGAGUUUUUAUUAUUAAGGGAUGAAAAAAAGCCCCCUAAACCCAAUAACUGAUGAGUCUCAUUCAGCCACAUCAGGUUCAGGUUGCAUCUCAAUAGGAUUCAGGUCAGGACUUUGUCUACCAUUCCAAAGUCUUCAUUUGGUUUUUUCUUCAGCCAAUCAGAGACGGACGGACUUGCCGGCGUGUUUUUAGAUGAUUGUCCUGCUGCAGAACCCAAUUUUGUUUCUGCUUGGUUCCAUUUAUCACAACAAGUCUUCCUGACCCUGAAGCACCUAAACAGCCCCAGACCAUCACACUUUUUUUUUUUACACCACUGUAUUUAAUGAAGUGAUAUAUGACAUCCUGAGUUCUUGAAAUUGGAACACAUUCAGGGGUAUUUUACAUGAAUAUUUACUCAAGAUUAUGUGAUCAUUACUGGACUGAUGGUGAUAAACCCCACAGUUGUUAAAUGAUUCAUUAUUUUUAGGAAUGAAUUUGUUGGACACUUCGGUUUCCUCCCACAUUCCAGAAACAUGCUAGGUUAAUUAGCGACUCCAAAUUGUCCAUAGGUAUGAAUGUGAGUGUGAAUGUGCCCUGUGAUUGGCUGGCCACCAGUCCAGGGUGUACCCCGCCUCUCGCCCGAAGACAGCUGGGAUAGGCUCCAGCACCCCCGGCAACCCUCGUGAGGAUAAUCGGUAGAAAAUGAAUGAAUGAAAAAUAUAUUUAUUGACAUAAUUUAUCUUCAUAAUAUUACAUUAGUUUCUUUUUUUCUUUGCAGCACUGGGUGAAGGGAAGGAUGGAUUUAUUCGGUGUCCUCUGGAGGCCCUCAACUGGAAGGAAAGGAAGUAUCUGAUCCUGGAAGAGAUCCUCACCUACCGCCCUGACAUUGUUUGUCUACAGGAAGUUGACCAUUACUAUGACA